AUGCAUGUAAACGAAACCUGUGUGCAAGAAACUAGUUCAUCUUGCUGUUGCAUAUCUAAAUUAGAGGGCACCAUAAACGUCAACCAAAUUGCCAGGAUGAGUGACAGAAAGAAAGUUUUAAUGCUGCAUGGAUUUGUUCAAUCUGAUAGGAUAUUUUCUGCCAAGACAGGAGGAUUACGAAAAAACCUGAAAAAACUGGGUUAUGAUUUGUGCUAUCCAUGCGCCCCACACUCAAUUGACAAAAAAGCACUCUUUCAAUCAGAGGCUGAAAAAGGUAUAGAUGCGGCCAAGGAGUUCAGCACGUCAGCAACCAGUGAUGAAGUAUACGGAUGGUUCUUUAGAAAACCAGAUUCUUUCAAUUCUUUCGAAAUUGAUCAAAAGGUAUUUAGCUACUUGCAUGACUACGUACUAGAACAUGGUCCAUUCGACGGUAUAAUUGGGUUUAGUCAAGGUGCCGGCCUUGGUGGUUACCUAGUCACUGAUAUUAACAGAAUUUUAAAUCUUACCGAAGAACAGCAACCUGCCUUGAAAUUUUUUAUCUCCUUUAGUGGAUUUAAGCUAGAAGAUGAAACAUACCAAGAAAGUUACAAUAAGCCCAUUCAAGUUCCCUCUUUACAUGUAAGGGGGGAAUUGGAUGCGGUGGUUGGAGAAUCUAGAGUGCUGGCGCUAUACGAUGCAUGGCCCAAAAAUAAAAAGACGUUAUUAAUUCAUCCUGGAGCCCAUUUCAUUCCAAACUCAAAACCUUUUGUGUCCCAAGUCUGUAAUUGGAUUCAAGGAACAAUCAACAAAGAAAAUCAAGAGCAAGAAGAUCAACCGGAAACGGAACAGAAACAGUUUGACAAACCCCAGUUAGACGAUGAUUUGCUGGAUAUGAUCAAUUCGUUAGGCAAGUUGUAG